CAGGAAUUUAUGAAAAGCCGGGGCAUAUAUCCAAAUCUUCUUUCGAAUUUAUGAAAUGUGGUGGACGGCCAUUAAAUAAAAUGUUCCUCAGUUUUCUUUCGACAGCUGUUAAAGCGUCCUCAAUUAUGAAAGAAUAACUUGACCGAUAAUAAAAGGAAAGAAUAUCUUUAUUGAAAACAAAAAGAAGAAAGAAUAUCUUUAUCGAGAACAAAAACACACAUAUAUAUAAAGUAAAAUAUAUAUUCAAUUUCACGAGAGAGCAGAUCAUUUCAUCGGGUUUGCAUUUACCAUGAGCUGCGCUUGGUCCAUACAACCUGAACGGUUUUCUUCGCUCCGAACUAUUCUGUCGCGGCGACCUGUUCGGACACGAACAGGUGAACGGCAAUCAACGCAGCCUCCUGUUCAGCCAUUGCCACCUUCAAAGCCACCUGUUCAGUCACUUCCGCCUUCAGAGCCACCUGUUCAGCAGCGCCCAUCUGUUCAACCGCAGCCUUUGCAGCCGCCUAUUCAAAAGCUGCUCUCUUCACAGCCAUCUAUUGAGCCAUGGAAGCCCAUUUAUCCAGACUAUGCAGUUGGAAUUCAAGAGCAGAAGAAAGAAGUAACGAAGUUGCUCGACAUGGAAAGAGAAAGCCAGCUCUCAUUGGCGGUAGUUAUAUAUGGAGUUGGGGGCAUAGGAAAGACCACGCUCGCCACUGCUGUGAUUGCGGACUUAGAUCUCACACAGUACAACUAUUCAGGAGUUGAAAUCCAUGCAGACCGGUCAAGGAAUGACAUAAGAUCAUUCCAACGGCAAAUAUUGAAAGACGCCUUCCCAGCAUAUACUUAUGGCAGGAAUUUAAUGUUCACAAACAGUGCAGAAGGUCGGGAUCAUCUCACCAGCGCUUUCCAAGCCCAAGGAAACAAGCCAGUAUUUCUGUUUAUUGACAACGCUCUUCGGGAAGAAGACUUGCAAGAGCUUUUCCCAGAAAGAUUAGCAGGCCUUCCGAAGCGGAGCAGAAUAGUGCUCACAACUCGAAAUCUGGGUGUCACGGAUAUGCUCGAAUACGCCGGCCUUGAACGUCGUGACUAUCCUGUGGGUACUCUACCCGACCAAGAUGCCCUCAAAAUUUUGUUCAAGGAGGAUAACAUCAGAGGCAGAGAGAACAUGCAAAAAGUCCUGAAAAUUUCUGAUGGGAUUCCGUUAGUGUUAGAAAUUGUUGGUGCUCGUUUGCGUAAGCAGAAUUACAUGGUAGAGAGAUGUACUCAAAUAUUUGAAGCUUUGGAAUCAAGAGAGGAUGUCAAAGAAGAAAAUCUGUGUCAGCGUAUAGUGACUUCUGUGUAUAAUGAGCUGGUACCGUCUACGCAAGAAGCGUUUUUGGAUAUUUGCUGCUUCUUUGCUAACUGGAAUCGUAGUGACUUGGAGUACAUUGUUGGUGCUGAGGACGUCACGCUUCUUCUCGAGGCGGCAUUGAUGAAGACGUCCAGCAAAGAUGAGUUGAUUGUCCAAAACAUCAUUCGAGCAAAAGGGUGAAGCUUGUCUACUAGAAAUAGAAUUCUUGAUAUGGAGUCCUGGAUGGAAAUAGCACAUGACGAUCAAAAGCUCAAACAAAUCAAAGGAAUUUGGCUGGGCAAGGAGGAAUCUGGAUCUGGGUAUGAAGUUGAUGAGAAGCAAUUACAUUCUUUGAAAAACUCGUUGAGAGUUCUUUGUUUGGAAAGCCAGAUAAAAA